AUGUCCUCACUCUCUCCUCCCCUCUCCCUGCCAGGUCUGCACGUCCUCACCAUCGCCUUUGCCUUGGAGGUGUCGGUGGGGAAGACCAACACUGUGAUGGCUCUGAAUAACUCCGACGUGCUGCUGCCCUGCACCUUCACCACCUGCAUUGGCUUUCAGGACCUGGCCUUCACCUGGUACUUCAACUCGACGGAGAUGAUUUACCACGGCAAGAUAAAGAGCAAAGCCUCGGAGCCCUACCUGGUGGGACGCAACCCACGGGUGGAGUUCGUCGGCUCCACCACCGGCAAGGACAACAACAUCUCCAUCGUCCUGAAGAACGUGGAGUUCAGCGACGCCGGGAAAUACACCUGCCACGUGCGGAACCCCAAGGAGAAGGACGCGCAGCACAACGCCACCAUCGUCCUCACCGUGGUCCAGAAG